CACUGGUGGCGCUGUAGAUUCAGUAGUGGUGUUGAUGUGCUGCAUAAUAGAAGUGCACGAGUAUUUUAGUUCGGUUUUCUGUCCGCAACGACGGAAAAUACACACAAACGUCAUUAAAAUCGGUCGGUUCCGGUACUGUCUAAACAGAACCGAACAAGAACUAGUUAUUGAUCCCUACCAUUUUCAUAGAGUAUAACGGCUCACUCAUAAACUAACAUUUGAAUUGCUCAGUCCAAAUUCUCUCUCUCUCUCGCUCUCUCUCUCUCUCUCUGGUCACACACACUCACACAUACACACACUCGGGGUAUCAGCGUUAUUUAUUGUGAGCUGCCGCUGAAGGACAGUUGGGGACGCUUAACGGUAUUCACGUUACCAGCCGUGAAAGAUCAUUGAUUGUGUGUUUCGUUGUCAGGAUUCAGAGGAUUUAACGCAGAUAAACAUGUCAUGCUACAGGCGUCUUUGAUCGUUUUCCGUCAUAUUAUUGUAAGUUUGGUGGCAUGCAAAAAGUACAUUCUGGAAUCUCAGAGAACCAUGAGCACUGUGGAGGAGGAGCCGGACCACAUGAUACCAUGAAGAGAAGCCUGCAGGUCCUGCCCCACCAGCUGCUGAGUGUUCUGCUGAUUCUCUCUGUGCCAGUUGGGCUGGUGUUCUCCGCAGAGGAGCUUCAACCCAGCCAAACCCCUCGGUAUUUUGUCUCGAUGUCAACAAGCAGCAGAACCUCUCUAGAACCCAUCAGUAGACCCACUACUGUCCACUCAUUCCAGACACCGAAGAACACUGUACCAUCUGCCAUAAUUCAAACAACAACAGUAGGGGCACAUCCUAUUGGUUCCAGAGUCCCUCUUCCAAAAUUAGAAGCAACCCAAGUGACCUCUGGAAGUAUGGUCAAUAGAACAAGCUCUGGGUUUUUCACCACUAAAACCCAAGACCAGAACUUUAGCACUAAUACCGACAAGCCAAGUACAAUCAGUAGAAAGCCAGUGAACCAAGCCACAAAUUCUGGCUUAGGUCAUUCUUUUCUCUCAGGGACUGAAAAUGAUGUGGACCCUGGUGUUGAGGACCUUUCAAGGACCACAGAUGCUGGAGAGAUGAAAGUGAAGGAGCCCAUUCAAUAUCCACCAUCGUCUUCAAACUACAAAACCCACAAAGGGCAGAACACGGAUAAGGAGGCUUCGCACCACACCAUUACAUUGCGCAAUGUGUCUUCAUUGGAGAAUCCCACUCUCCCAUUGGAAACGGUGCCAAGAGCUUUGGCACAAACUGGCAUCCAGUCUCCUCCCCCAGCUCAAGCCCUGCCCUCUAACCAUGUUACAACAUCCAAUCCCACUUCUACAACAAAGAGCGGAAACUUUAUGGUAAUCCAAGGUGAUGGAACCACCAAUAUGACCAUUGGUUCUGUUGUCUCUAUAAGUAAUACCACAGAUGUUAUCAACAGCACUGACGCCGCAUGGCCUGCAGCGAAUGAUUCGAACAUCUCAGAGGCACCCUCCCCAGCUAGCGGGAGCUUCAUGAACAGGCAGGUCCCAGCCACCACGCAAGGUCCAUGGGGAUCUGGGAACCAGUCAGGUCCUGCACGAAAAAAUCCUUCUCAAGAAAAAAACACCAUCUGCCUGGACAAAAUGGACAUUGUGUGGUUGGUUCUUGCCAUUAGCGUGCCUGUCUCCUCAUGCUCCGUGCUGCUUACCGUAUGCUGUAUGAGGAAAAAGAAGAAGUCUGCAACUCAGGAGAACAACUUGAGCUACUGGAAUGAUGCCAUCACCAUGGAUUACUUCACCCGCUAUGCUGUGGAGCUCCCACGCGAGAUACAAUCACUGGAGACUGAGGAACAAGAGACGUGUCUGCCCCCUAAUGGUGACUACAGCGACAGCGGCGUGGUUCUGGUUAACCCCUUUUGCCAAGAGACUCUCUUUAUCAACAGAGACAAGGCUUCUGAUAUCUAAACACACUAUAUUAAAAGGAGACAAAAUCCUUGAGGAUAUUCAAGUCCCUUUUAUUUGCUCGCAUUUUUUAAGAAUAUAUAUAUAUAUAUAUAUAUGUAUAUAUAUAUAUAUAUAUAUAUAUAAUAUAUAUAUACAUAUAUAUAUAAAUAUAUAGCCUACAUAUAUGUGGUGAACCUUCAGAGACUGCGGUUUAUAUAUGAAACUGGUUUCAAGGAGCUGAAAGAAUAUUACAAAACAGAACAAAUGCUAUUUACUAUGAGGGGGAGCCCCUGCAUAUUUUUCUGAUGUGGAUUUUCUACAGACGCUUCAUUGUGAUAAGGGUUUUUAUGUCUUUUUUGAAUAAAAACAAUAAGUGUGGUUGCUCUUAUGUCCCAGUGGCUUUGGUGGUGCAGAGUGCUGAGAAACAUGACGCGUGGUGUAAGGAUGCUUGUGUGACGUUACCCAAAACACUUAAUAUGAUUACUUAAAAAAGCCUGCCGCACUUGAAUUCUGUAUGUAAGGGGAUGCAGGGGUAAAGGGCAUUGAUUCUGGAACGCUUCUGGAAUGGGUCCAGUGGGUACUGCAGCAACCCUCGCUUCCCUCAUGGAAGAAACUGAGUUGAUUGCCUGUUUGCAUUUGAUGGAGGAUGAAUCACAACUUUCUGAGAUGGUUUGUCCCCAUUUGAGUCACCAGCCAAAAGACAAAACGACAAUUGUCCCAUUCCUUAGAUGUUCGAGAUGUUUUUGUGUGCGUAUAUGUCUUGUUGCAUGCAUCUUUUCUGAUUUGAGGUGUAUGUGUGUCUUUAGACUAGAUGUCAAACAGAGAUUUGGUUUCUAUCAAGACUUCAUUGUUAAAAACACCCUAAAAUUCCAUUUGCGUUGACACAGUUGCACAAGCAAGUAGAAAAAAUGCUUAAAUGCCAAUGAAAUGCCUCAUGCAAAGCCCUUGUAUGGUAAUGUUACUGUGCUCCACAUUUCACAUCAUAUCUGUUCAUGUUGUACGUGUUUGUGUUCAACUUCCAUAAGCAGGGCUAAGCAUUAUACUGUAUAACUGUAGUGGAAAUGCAUUCUGUUUUUAUUAUAAUUAUUAUUAAACCUCUAUAUUUGUUUAUUCGCUAUGACAUGCUCUGAUGAAAAUGGCACUAUUAUUGCUUAACAGGUUGGCUAAAUCUAUAUAUAUUUUGUUAGAAGACAUGUUUUUCUUAGUGAAGGGUGAAUGAGUGUGCUUGUGGUUCUGUCUAUCUUUGUCCCUUGUGUGAACAUUGACGAGAAUAAAUGAGACCAAAAUGAAUUUCUCUUUGAUUCUCAGUGCUUACUGCUGUAUUGUACAGUUUUUUAGAUGAAUGUCAAUGAUAUCACUGGAUGUAAUAGAGUGUAACUGUUAGAUAUAAAUACAUACAGAGAACCUAUUUUAUUUUGUACUUUCUUUGAACAUGUCACUAAGGUUGGUAACAUUUUUUAAGACUAUAUCAUCAUCUUUUCUUUACAUAGCCCAUUUUUUUGUCCUGUAUGCUUGGCAGAUUUUAUAUAAAUAUUGUUUUAAAUGAAUUUGUAGAUUGAUGUUUUCUGUUUCUUCUUUUUUUCAUUGUUUCCGUCCAUUUAUUUUGUGCUGGCAUGAGUUUUAGAUAUCUAAGGAGAGAGAGGUAAUUGCUCAGCUGACAGAAAUAAAUCGCUCUUGCAUAUUAUGAAUCAUGUCUGAUCUUUUGUAGCACAUAAACUGUACUUUUUACUGCUGAGCAAUACAAAUAAAAAGGCUUCGAAGGCUU